CUAAUUUCAGUUCCUGAAAUCUUCAUUCCCCAUACACAAGAGAGGAAGAAGAAUCAGCACAUCAACUGGGAGAGGUUUUUUUUUUCUUUUUUCUUUUUUUUUGAUAAAAGUUCUGCUGUGGAUAUGGGGAAGAAGAAGAAGAGAGUAUCGUCGAAGGUGUGGUGCUACUAUUGCGACCGGGAGUUCGACGACGAGAAGAUUCUUGUUCAGCACCAGAAGGCGAAGCACUUCAAGUGCCACGUCUGUCACAAGAAGCUCUCCACAGCCGGCGGCAUGGCCAUCCACGUCCUCCAGGUGCACAAGGAGACCGUCACCAAGGUGCCAAAUGCAAAACCAGGCAGGGAGUCUAUUGACAUUGAAAUAUAUGGAAUGCAAGGAAUCCCUCCUGAUGUAUUGGCGGCUCAUUAUGGAGAAGAAGAGGAAGAGGCCCCUUCAAAAGCAGCAAAAGUGGAUAUUCCAUCAACUCCACUUGUUGGUGGUACGGUACCAAGACCUCCUGGUGUUGGAUAUCCUUCUCAAUCAAGUUUAGCUGCAGUCCCUCCAAUAUACAAUCCUGCUGUGCCAGUUCCUCCAGCUGGUUGGCCGGUACCUCCUCGUCCUCCGCCAUGGUUUCCACAGCAUCCUGCAGUAUCAGUCCCCCCUGCACCUAUAGGAUAUGCACAGCAGCCAUUAUUUCCUGUUCAAGGUGUCAGGCCUCCUCUGCCAGUGUCAUCAACUACAUCCCCUGCACUGCAACCUUCACAAGUUGCUCCUCCUGGAUUGCCUGCAUCAACCCCUCAUGGUUCUGUACCUCAACCAUUAUUCCCUGUUGUCAGUAGCAAUGUACCAACCCAUAGCUUGCCAUUCUCUUCUCCUUUUCCAACAAGUAUUCCACCAAGCUCUUCUUCAGAAGUUAAAAGCACAAGUGAUGCACAGUCAGGUGUUUAUGCGACUGUGACAAGUGCCUAUCAAGCCUCAACCAGUCCAGGUGGAUCAGUAACUAAUUCACAUUCUUAUGCCUCUGGUCCAAAUACUGGUGGCCCAUCAAUUGGGCCACCACCUGUAAUUGCAAACAAAGCUCCAGCUACCCAGCCAGCGGUCAAUGAGGUCUAUUUAGUUUGGGAUGAUGAGGCAAUGUCCAUGGAAGAGAGAAGAAUGUGCUUUCCAAAGUAUCAGGUGCAUGAUGAAACUAGCCAGGUAAGUCAUAACUACCCCUUUGAUAUUUGGAGUUGCUUUGUGCAUCUAACCAGAUGGGUAGGCUUUAUGUCUCAUAUUUUCAGAUUCGGUUGUUUACGCUUGUUCUAAUAAAUGAGGUACUUCAAUGUGAAUUCUGUUUUAUUUUAUCCUUGUUAAAAUAAACCUGAUUGCAAAGAGCUUGCGAGCCCUUUAAUCUAGUAAUUUUAAAUCAAGCAAAGUCUCCAACUAUGUGGCUGUUGAAGGGCUCAAGUUGUUAGUUACAUUAUUUUUGUCUUGGUAAAUUACAAUUUUGUCAAGCUUGCUGCAAUUACUCAACGGUUCUCCAAUCUAGGAUUGCCCUCGGUUAAGAACAGAGUAUGUAUAUGAUCUUUUAAAAUCCAGAUUUAUUCAUUACUAUUCAUUCUCUCUAUGCUUGAUUUUGGAGUGUGGUGGUUUGGGUGAAACAAGAUGACACCCAACAGAUUUUUUGCCCACUCAUAGCUUGAUUACAAUGUAUUUUAAUGAUCGUCAAUUCAGACUUGGCCCAGGUCAGCUCCUUUCACAAAGUUUGAUCUCUUGAAUAGGACCAAGCUUUAAUGUAUCUAGUACUGGUUCGGCCAACUGAUUGGUGGCUGUGGUUCUUGUCUGAUCACUUUCUCAUGUCUUUUAUUGUCAGAUGAGCUCUAUUGAUGCUGCCAUAGAUAGAAGGAUAUCAGAAAGCAGGCUUGCUGGUCGAAUGGCAUUUUAGAUCGACUAGCCAUCUUCAGAGUUCUUCUUCAAUGACUCAUUGCUUUAUCUGGCAGAGUUGACAUGAGGUGCACGGAGGAGCAGCCCCAGAUUCCAUCCUUGAUAUUACAUUAAGUUUUGGGGUAAAAGAACCAAAUCAGAUGUAACUGUGACUGUGUAUUCUUUUUAGGAAAUUGAGGUUGAAGGAGGACUCUUUUAACCUUAUUUUUUCUUCCUUAAAGGGUUAUGAAAGAGGAGUUACCAAAUGCAAAACUUAAUGCAAAUACUAUUUAAUUUUAUGGAUAUUGUGGUAAACCACCCUUUAGGAUGUGAGUUUGACCAUGUUUAAUUGUUUGUGGAUCCAAAGAUAGUGAAAUUUAAGAGUUUCAUUUAUUAGGCGGCA